AUGCGGCAGAUCCGUCGAAAUGAUCUCUUCGGUUGCGGCUUUCAACGACCAGGACACUUUCCCGAUCUUAGAUUCAUCCAUUGCGAGCCGAUCCCUGUCAUUUAUUGGCUUGAACAUAUGCCACAUUCGUAUCCUUUCGGCCCCUCGCAGCCAUUCUCCAAGCCUAAUGCCUGUGAGGCAAAGGUUGCCCCUACCUGCAACCCCUGUUCUAUGCGACUUGACAGCAAUGAAGUGCUUGCAAUGAGCCCAGUUUCUCUAGGGCCUACAAACGCCACGUCUCUGUCUUCCUCUCAGGUACCUCCGGACUGGAGCUUCCGGAAAUUACCACACAAAAUACCCCAGCGGCAGUUCGAAUGCACAUACCCGGGCUGUGACCGCCAAUUCAGGCGCCGAACGGCCCUCGAGCGACAUCUGAUAUGCCACUCAGAUGAAAGACCAUACGUAUGCUGGGUGCCAGAAUGUCAUCGUAGCUUCAAACGCUCGGACAAUUUGAAAGCUCACUACCCGACUCAUGCCAAAAUGGGCGGUCGCAACCGCUAUGUAGCAACCUUGGACAAUACGAGUCCUGCCUACAACCCUAAGUUUCGCGGUCGAUUGACAUUGGAGGGCUGGCCAGCUUUCUAA